AUGCAGAAUACGACCGGCAGCGGCAGCAUGGAUGCUAGUGACUUACUCGAACUCGAACUACGACAAGAAGCAGAAUGGAGUUACAUGUCUAUAGCUUCGUUUGAUUUGCAAAAAAUUGAGUUAUCGGAAAAUUUCAUGAAGAAUUUCCACAGUCAGGUCAGUCCAGUCGUUUUAUCAGAACGUAGCAAAUCACAACCCUCCAGCGAAGCCACUCUACUGCUGGUCGGCGACGUACAACUGCUUUACGAUUUCAUCUCCGAUAAAAUACCGCUCUGGGUACCCGAAGUAUUUUACGUCAUUCUGUUUUCCGAAUUUCCGUCGAAUUACGAACAAAUAUUUAAAUUUUUAUGGAAUAAGCAUCAUGUUAGCAACGUGAUUAUCAUAGCGUUGAAAAAUCUUCGCAAAGUGAUAUCGUAUAAUCAAUUUUUUGGCUCCGUUAUUAUCGAAGAGACUGCUACUUUUACCUCCAAUCCUAUAAACAAUGUUAGAAAAAUAACUCGUCAGAAGAUGUCAAACAUGAAUGGGUAUCCUAUACGAGUAGUCAUGUUUCCUUCCAGACUAAAAGCGAUACCACAACCUGAUGGCACUUAUAAGGGUUCAGAUGGUAUUAUAUUGCAGACAUUGGCCAAGCACAUGAAUUUUACUCCGAUUAUCAGAGUUCCUAGAGAUGGCCAUAAAUAUGGUUGGAAAGAACAAAAUGGAACGUUUACAGGAGCCAUGGGAGAAAUAGUAAGCAACCGUGCAGACAUAGCUUUCAACGGUGUUUUCAUCAAGAACUACCAUACAGCUAACAUUCAAUUCACAAUGCCGGUACAUUUUGACCAAGUUUGCUUCGUCGCACCUAAAUCAACAACUAAACCGCAAUGGAAAAGCGUUUUCUUGGCGUUCGAUACAACCAUCUGGAUAAGCCUAUUAAUUACUUACUGGAUAACGUUGCUAGCUUGGUAUACGAUUAAAACCAUAAAUGAGAAACACUUCGACGGUACCUUGCUGGCGAUAAAUUUAUACGCGAUUCUAUUAAUGGUACCAGUUAACAAAGCAGCUCGUAAAUUCUCUGAAAGAAUAAUGAUGCUAAUUAUAAUUCUAUUCGGUUUCGUGGUAGCGAGUAGUUUCCAAGGAUCGAUGGUUCGAUUCCUAGCGUACGAAACCUACGAACCAGACAUUACAACGAUCGAGGAAUUAGCCGAAUCCGAACUCAGCAUAAUGUCCGCCUCGUUGAACCUCAAAGAGCUCAUAGAAACCGACGAGAAUCCUAUUAUGUCUCGUUUGUUAUCGAAAUUUUCAUGGGAUGAGACGAAAGAUAUACUAGGCGAAAUAGCAUACCAAAGAAACGGCGCUUCGAUCGGUCGUAAAAGCGAUUUGGAAGAGAAAAUAGCCACGUCGUAUAUUCAAAAUAACCAAGCUCAAUUGCACAUCGUAGAAGAAUGCCCGAGAUCAUAUCAUAUCGCGUAUUUAGUGCCGAAAAAAUCCCCGUAUAUUGCGAUUUUCAACGAUAUUAUCAACUAUUUCGUCGAAGCUGGAAUUACCAGCAGUUGGUUCAUACAUUCGAAGCCAUUUCGGCCUCUUUCCGAUUACCAUCACUCCGCUAAACAAGCUCAUGUUGUUUUUACCGUAGAAAAUGUUAUUAUUGCUUUCAUAAUACUCAUCGUUGGUUUGACGUUGAGCUGCUUCGUGUUUAUUGCUGAAGUUCUCUUAUUCGCUUACCAUGAAAAAAAUGCUACGAAUACGACUUUCUGGUCUCAACUUUGGUAAUGGUACGAGUAUAUUACGCUUUGAAAGCGCGUUAGGGUGCAAAUUCCGUACACGUCGUAUUCUUGGUAUUCUCAUACACCUACUUCAUCUACUGACAUAGAUGAGUUUAGUGCAAAAUACGAGACGAUUAUAAAAUGUAGAUCUUAUA